CCGAGAUUUUUGACUCUUUACUGAAAUGAUAGACGCAGAUUUAACUUGGAGCGGCCACCAAAUUUAUGAUUCCUCGAGUAUUGAUGAUCUUAUCUCUCAGUGCGAUACCUUAAACUCCAGUGACGGGGAUCAUGACAAGUCAGCAGGCCCGUUUACCGUCUUUUCUUCUACUGUAAAUAUGGUGUCCCCUCCGCGAGGACCGCCAUCAGAGAUGGGCCAAAUAUUAGAUGAUCUGCAGGAUGAUCAUCUGAGAGACAGUGCUGCGUUUUUAUUUCAUCACUACACCAGUUUUAUUGCCCUCAACAUGAUGCCUUUCAAAGACCGGCGAAAUCCAUGGCAAUCUUUCUACCCGCUCAUGGCUCGGUGCGGAAGUUCACGAGGCCACAAGUCUUUGCUUCAUGCCAUGCUCGCUCAGGCAGCCGGCAACCUCGCUCAUCUAGGAUGCAAGAAAGAAUACAUGUCAACUUUGACUGUCAAGUAUUAUGCCCUAGCCAUUGAGAAUCUACGAAAGGGACUCGAAGAUCAGCAAGAAGACUUCAGUGUUGUGCUAGCUAGUGUCCUAACACUUAUCAUGAUCUACAACGGAAAGUCCAAUUCCUGGAGAUUACACCUUAAUGGGGGGUGGGACUUCAUCUGUUCCCAGCAAGCUAACACACCAUGGCACAGCUCCGAAGCCGCAUGGCUGACAUCUCAGAGUCUCUGCUUAUUGAAAAUCCGGUGCGAUACAAUGCAGACGCAUAUCAACCAUCCAGCAGACUCCACGAUUCCCGCUUUGGACCCUACACACCAUCUGAUAUCUUCGGUAGCUUCCCGAGCCGAUUUCGGGUUCACGGCUGGCGCCAGCCCAGCUCUGAUGUCCUGCAUCAUCGAGACCACCCAACUCUCCUCCUUGAUCUCACAGCGUGGAGGGCUCAGUACACAUCAAACAGCCAUAAGCCAACUUUAUCAACGACUUCAAGCCUGUUCUUACCCCAAGGAUUCGCCAGGUCAAUACUUAGUCCGGCUGCACCACCGCAUCUUCCAACUCGGCGCCAUCGUCUAUUUUCACCGCUCUAUCUGGGAUUCAAGACCUAAUGCCCUGAUACCGUAUAUUGAGGAGCUCCUGCAGGCAGUGAAGGAAUAUCAGCAACUUGGAGGAGGAUAUGUUACGCUCUGGCCGGUCUUCAUCACUGCGGUGGAGGUAUAUCUGCCACAACAUAAGCUCCUGGUUCGAGAAUGGCUUAAUGAGUGUGAGACGAUGGGGGCAGCUAGUAGGAAGGAUAUUCGAGAAUUGAUCGAGGCGGUUUGGAGAAAGAGGUUGGAGAUUAGACAACAUAUGGGUGGAGAGAUGGAGCAGGGAGAGAUUGUCGUGGAAUGGAGAGGGGUGAUGUGGGAGAAGCAGUUGGAUAUUUUGCUUGUGUAGUAAUACACUAUGUUAUCCUUUUUCUAUAUUUUAUUUAUAUAAAUACCAGCCGAUAAACCCCAUACACUCCA